GAAGGUGUAGAUACUUUGGAAUAUAGAUGGCAAUUAUGUCUCCUCUCUACAAAUAACAUCGAAAAAAGGGUUGAACACAUGAAAUAUUCUGUGAUGGAAAUGUAUAAAUUAUUGCAACAAGAGUUUUGCAGUAGUUCAACACUGGAGUGGUUAAAAUAAUGAAACACAUUCACAUUUUCUAAACGCGGCAUGGCGCUUGAAGCGCGUUUGAUAGUCUGCAAAGUUUGUAUUUGCUGGUUUUGCAAAUCUCGUAUUAAACAUUUUAUUGAAAUAUAUUAAAUUUAUUUUACUUGUUUUAGGAGUUUUCCAGUGUUGAUGAAAAUCUUUUGCAACCACGAAUGUUGCUGUAAUCAAAUGUAAGCAAGCUUUAAGUGUAGUGUAUAAGGAGGACGGCGUUUUGAAUUGCCACACAAGGGACGUUCGGGUCACCUUUUCAUUUUUGAUGUCAAGGUUGUGGGGUUCGAUCCAAGAAUGUAACAGUUUGGGCGCAGCAAAAUUUAGUCGCAUGUGUGCUCAGUUCAGGAAAUGCAAGGAUUGAAUGCCCAGUAGACCUAAAGCAUCUUGGAAAAAAUUGACAUUGUGGUUUCAAGUUUGGUUUGAUAAUGGCAAGUUUUGCGGCCCAAGCGGCUAUUAGAUCAAAAUGGACAGACUUGGUUGAAUCUUCUCCAUUCGACGUUCCUGGUGAGGUGUCAUCAGGAGUGAGAAGUGUGGUGGGAUGGCUGAAACAGGCAUCAUUAGAAGUUCGUCAGGCAGGCCGUCGUACUUUGAACACAUUAUCUGGUGGUGCUAUGGGAGGCUGUUCACUGACCAUCCUUCAUUACAAUGAUGUAUAUAAUAUUGAGUCCAGAGUCACAGAGCCUGUCGGAGGAGCUGCACGUUUCUGUACUGCAGUAAAGUCUUUCUUACAUCUUAACCCUCUGGUUCUCUUCAGUGGAGACAUCUUUUCACCGAGCAUGUUGAGCUCCUUCACAAAGGGUGAACAAAUGGUUCCAGUACUUAAUGAAUGUGGUACUCAUUGUGCUGUUUUUGGAAAUCAUGAUUUUGAUUUUGGUUUGGAAGUAUUGAGAGAUUUGGUUUCUCAGACAAAUUUUCCAUGGCUCAUGUCAAAUGUAAUUGAUCAGGAGACAGGGCGUCCAUUAGGAGAUGGGAGAAUAACACAUGUAAUUGACUGGAAUGGCAAGAGAAUUGGCCUUGUUGGGUUGGUUGAACAGGAAUGGCUGGACACACUAGCCAAUAUUAAUCCUGAAGAGGUAACUUUCCUUGACUUUGUUGAAGCUGGAAGAAAGCUGGGGGCUCAGCUCAAACAGGAGGGUUGUGAUUAUGUGAUAGCAUUAACACAUAUGAGAAAUCCAAAUGAUGUGAAGCUGGCAGAAAAUGUGGAUGAGAUAGAUCUGAUUCUGGGUGGACAUGAUCAUGUAUAUGAAGUUAAGCAAAUUAAUGGAAAGUAUAUAAUUAAAAGUGGAACAGAUUUUCGUCGUUUCUCCAAGAUCGCUUUAAAUUUUGAUAAGGCAUUAGUUGAUGUAAGUGUGGAAGAGAUAACAGUGACAUCUGCAUUCCCAGAAGAUCCAACACUCAAGCAAUUACUGGAUAAGUAUGCAAGUGUGAUGGAAGGAAAGAUGGAUGAAGUCUUAGGCUCAUUUUCAGUGCCUCUUGAUGGACGAUUUGAAAGUGUUCGUACUGGAGAAACAAACUUGGGUAAUUGGGUGUGUGAUGUCAUCUUGGCAGCUACUGGAGCAGACCUAGUUUUGUUAAAUUCUGGGACUCUGCGUUCUGAUCAGAUACAUCCUGCUGGAAACUUCUCAAUGAGGGAUCUAGUCACCAUAAUUCCCAUGAUGGAUCCACUUAUUGUGAUCUCUGUUACAGGGCAGGACAUCUUGGAUGCACUGGAAAAUGGUGUAAGCAUGUAUCCAAAGUUGGAGGGCCGGUUCCCCCAAGUUGCUGGUAUUAGUUUUGCAUUUGAUCCACAACAGCCACCAGGGAAGAGAGUUGAUCCUCAGUUUGUUAGGAUAGGCGAUGAGUACCUCGUACCUGAUCAGAGGUAUCGCCUAGCUACCAAAACUUACCUGUACUCAGGCUGUGAUGGUUACUCAGUGCUUAAAAAUGCAAAAGUGUUGGUUGAUCAAGAAGUGUGCCCUGAAGUUGGUUUAGCAAUUCAGAACCAUUUUCAGGCUAUAGAUAUGUGGUUAGGGAAGACAAAACAUCAUUCUAAACACCGCCAAAGCCUAGUCACGCUUUCACGCAGACAUAGUCUUGUUAAAAUGUUGGAUGGUGCAGGAGGUGAAUUGGAUGGUCCACCACCUAUCCGAAGAGCUAGCACAGUUGAUGUCAGUACAGGAGAUAAUAGACACUCGCCCAGUCCAUCUCCUCCUCAUCCUCACGCUCAUCCAAAUCCACAUCCACAUCCACCUCCACAUACUCACGCUCAGUCACGCAGCAGACUUACUCGAAGAGCUAGCUUAGACGACUUAGAACAGGAAUCUUGUAAGCUCUCUCCUAAGAUUGAGGGAAGAAUAGUCAUUCUUACAGAUGAGAAACGCCAUGAACUUAUGAUGGAAAGGCAGAGGCUUGAGGAAGACUCUGUGAUUCCAGAAGUCGAGGAUGAAUGUUCACCACAAGGGAGCAUUGACAGAGCAGAGAUAAGCUAAGUCUUGCACUAAGCAAUAAAUUUUACUCUUAUGCUCUCAAGUGUAGCUCAGUUAUAACAGAUUUCACUUUGGUUAUACUGCCAAGCUGUUGAAUGGUACAAGUUGAGUUUGUAUAUUGUAUUCUUCCUUUUUAGUAUUAUAAUGUAAGAGGAGAAUAUAUUUAACUGCAAAUUACUCUGAGUAUUAUUAUUCCAAAUAUGGAUUUUUAAGCCAUGACAGACUAUGUGCUGAGUGCACAGGAGAAGUUUGUAGUGUUUUCAUCUUACAUAGAAUAGGAACCAUACUGAAGAAUCAUGAUUUAAAUAUGGACAUUGAUAUAAUUACAAAUUUAAAAUGAUUCUUCCAUCUACUGUGUAAACAGUUUAUAGUGCAUAGAAGUACCAGCUUUCUUUGGUCAGUCAAAAUGUACGAAGUGCUUCCCAGUAUGUUAUUAUUACAUGUUGAAGAAUGUAGUUUCUUAUUAGUCUGUUUAUGUAUUUUAUGAUGAUUAUUUCUCAUAGAGAAAUGACAUUCACCACCCUUAUAAAUGCUGUGAUAUUUCUUUUCUUUUCCUUGUAUUUUCUUCUUGUUUGUAACUGAUUUUGUUAUAAAAGGGCUAUGCAAAAACCAUUCAUCUUCAAAUAUAAAAGAAAUAUUCAAGGAUUUAUGGCAUUAAUACAUUUUGAAAUUGACCAACUUGCAUAAUUAAAUUUAAAUGGAAGAAAGUCUUUGUAUCAGUCCCAUUGAUUCGUCUAUAUGUUUUCUUCAAAUGUGGCACAUCAGUAUGAAGACAUUUGAGGCAACUUUGUUAAUAUAGAACUCAUUCAUUAAUCUAGUAGCUGCACAUAUGUGAAGACCAAAUUAGUUGCAUAACUCCAGUAUAUGUAAUACUGUCAUUUAGGAGAAGGAAUCGGUCAGAAAAAAAUCUGCGUUAAAAAGAAAAUAUUAAGACAGUUGGUACUUCCAGCUAUUUAGGAUGUAUUAUAUCUGUAAAUUGGAACGGUGUGAAUGGGAAAACACUCGGUUACAUCAUAUCCUUACUUUAUACUCAAAUCAUCGCUGGCCUCAAGUUAUAUAUCAAUCCAAAUUACAUUACAUGCUUGUUAAACCACCAGUAAUAUGUUGUCCUGGAGGAAGAUGACUUCUGAAAAGAUGAAAUCAUUUUUGUGUUACCUAUAAAUCUAAGUGGACGUAUUACUAAAAAGAAUGAUGAAGACAAUUUGGGCCCAUGUAACAUGUUUAUACAUGAUUUACUUUGGCUCUGGGUUACUUCAUUUAGAGAAUACAUCACUUAAUUUUAUAUGAGCACAUUAAUACCAACCAUUGUCAUGAAGAAUAUAUAACUGUUACAAAAACCUUGGAUUGUCAAGAUAUUUUACUAAUUUCAAACAUUUCAUCAAAACAAGUGGAAAGUUAAGCCCAAUGGUUCUUGUAGAAAGUAGGGCUUCAUGUAUGACUGAAAAAUUUGUUGGAAAAUAUGGUGUAUAGUUUUUCACACAUAAACAUUCUUAGUUUUUCUUGUUAUCUGAUUGAAUUUUUAGUCAUAUUUUUACUUCUAAUGUAGAUUAAAGGAGGGAUACUUGUGAGUACAUCACAUUUACCUGCAAGGAAAAUGUUUUUAGUAAUUUCAGUGUUUAAUAGCAGAGUUUAUACAAAAAUUGUAUAAUAAAUAAAAUGUGUUGUUCUGUAAAUCAUUGCUUUUAUAACAGUUUGAUGGAUAUUGUGAGGUUAAAAUAGAACUAAAUAUGCCUUGUGAAAUUUUGUGGCUAUUUCCUUUCAUCUCUAAAUUUUAAAUUUUAUGUUUAUAUAUCUGUUCAGCUCAUGAAUACUUGAUGCUUAUAUACAUUCUCUUAUGAGUAAAGGCCUUUAUUGUUCUUUUUUUUACAGUUGUAGUGAACACAGUACAAUUUAGGCAGUUCAUACAAGUUUUGUAGCCUCUUAACCCUCUUAGUGCCAUGAGCUGAUUGGCCUGCCCAUGUGGAUUGCCAAACUUGAAGUCAACCAUGUCUGUCUGUAUUUCCUUAUGGUCAAUAGAUGGCAUGGAAUACCAUAUGUAAACAUAACAGGUGACUGGCCAUGCUUUUGGAAGGUAGAUAUUAUUUUUUGUAAUGUUGACUGAGAAGACAAGAAUAACAUUCAUGAAACAACUGGUGUUUGUGGGUGUAAGCAUAGUGAGUUGUGCUAGAGACAUUUUUGUUGUGGGAAGCUCCAUUUCUUUUAGCAGUUAUUUUAUGAAGUGUGGUUCUCUUGAAAGGUGUGUUCAUACACACAUUUAUCAAAGAAAGAUAUCAGCUUAAAAAUAGCAUUUGUUAUGAAUUUAUUUCUAUCAUUCUGCACUUUACUUGCUUUUCUAACUUAGGGGGUAGUUCCAGGUAAUGACUUAGCACUAAGAGGGUUAAAACUAAUCUUAAUAGUUGCCAUCAUUUGGCAUAUUCUUAAAAAUAUUGUUUCUUGUUUAUAAAGUACUGUGAAGAAUUAUUGUCACCUUUCAUCUUUUAAAGCAAUAUCCAUUAAAUAACUAGUCAAAAGCUUUAUGCAAGCUUGACAUGUUCACAUUUUUUAUAACAGCACAUUUUGAAGCCAUUAUUGUCUACAGAUUAAACUACAUAGAUGAUCUGAAAGAAUAAUCUAGUGUAUACAGUGUAAUGUUUAGAGCUUAUUUGUAUGUAUUGCACUUGCCAAGAUAUUACAGUUUUCAUUUUGGGUGAAAGAUUCAAUUAUGUAAAAUGCCUGCACAAAUCUUGGGCACCCUGAAAAUUUUGUGAUAGCAUCUAGAAUUUUCUGCAUGUUAUUCUGAUAGAUUUAUAUUUUUACAUAUUAUUACAUAGAAUUUUCAAAUUCACACCAUAUAGUAACAUUUAAAAUGUGUUUUUGAUCUUAUGUGUGUAAAUAGGUAUUUAAUUUCAUAGCAGCAUGCUAAGAAUAGUAUUUCCAUUUUCUGAUUGUGUGUAUUUUUUUCUGUUUUUUUCCUGAAUUUGUACAAAAUUUGUGCAGGCCUGGUGUACCAUGUUAUGAAACAUGGGUAUUCAUUGUUCUGUUAGGAUGACCAGAUAUCUCAUAUAUGGUUAACAGUGUGAACAGUAUUGACUUCUUCAGUUUGGGUUUUAAUCUCAUUUGUAGUUUCAAAAGAGGGAGUAACUAAAAUAAGAAUUACUUUAUGAAACAGAAUGUUUUUUAAACAUAAGGGUUCAAGUGAAAUUUGGGUAUUUUUUUGGUGUUGUAGUUAAUAUUUCCUGUAAAUUCUGUUACAGAAGGUUUUGGGGCAUGUAAGUUCACUUGAACCAUAUAACAGUUGUAAGUAAACACAUUGGCCAAGUUUCUGAAAGAAACUAAAUGCAUCUUAAAUCAUACUGCAUUUUUGAAUUAUAUUAUUGAUUUUUGUAUAAAUGGAUUAGAAAAUUAAAAAUAACAUCUUGUCUA